GUAGCAGUGUAUUCAGCUUUAUGGGCCUCGGCCCCUAGCCCAGAUGUCUAGAGAGAGAGAGAGAGCUUUCAUUCCGUGGCGAGGAGGAUGUAUAAAUUGCAGCGAUCUCCUCUGUUGAACCAGUAAGCUCACUGUUCAUCCCGUCACCAGCUUUGAUCAGCGACGAGAGGUCUAGAAAUCAAGGAACGAUGGGGUUUAUAAUGGAGUUUGCCGAGAAUUUGAUCUUGAGGAUGAUGGAGGACCCCAAGGAGAGAGAUCGCCAGUUCAGAGAGCACUUGUACACGCUGAAGGAUCGGUGCAGCAAAACGAAGGAGAUGUGGAGCUAUCCUCUUCGUCCCUACGGCUUCUGGACGUUCGACCGCCACAAUGCUCAGUUGUUCUGGGACCCUCAGAUUAGCCAAGCUCCUGGUCGGCGAGAUCCCUAUGAUGAUCUUCUUCAAGAUACCUAUGGCUCCUCUGCCUCCACCUCUACCUCUACCUCUACCUCCACCUCCACCUCCAAUUGAUGGAGCUCAGCGUUUGUGGACUGGAGAUAGGGUAGCAACAUUACCUCCUCCUUCAUUGCCAUGGUAGUUUGUCAACCGCUUUGUGAUGCUUGAACACUGGUGUGUAUUUGUGUGUUAAUAAGGAGCUUCCUGGAGGUAAAAUGACGUUUGCGGGGGGGUAUAAAUUCUCGUUAGCCUUGAGAGUCCUAUUUUGCUUUCUCUAAUGAAAAACCAUUUUCUUAUUUAAGUGGCCACCGGCAGGUCUGUUACUUAAAAUUAUGGUAUGGGUAAUACUCUUUUUAUGUAACUAACUACAAUGUCAUUGGUUGUUAACUUGAUGACAGGCAGACUGGGAUUCAAUUAAUAGUAUCCGAGCCCGUCCAACACUUAUCUCUAA